AUGGAAGCCACCAAGUUACCGCCGGAGUCCGCCGCUGCCGAAGAUUUUCCGCCUAAUCCAGCUGCCUCUAACUCUGUUUCCAAAUCAAGCUCCGAGCCCAUGGAUACCAACGAUUCUACCACUGAGCCUCUGGAAACUAACGACAUCUCUGUCGAACCGGCGUCGGCACCUCAAAAUCCACCAGAAUCCCAGCCGCGCAAGAGACGCCGCCGCCGCAAGAAGAUAUUUACGGAUAUGAUCUCCUCGUCCGCCUCGCGCCUCCGCAUCCUCCGCCCCCACCCCAAACCCUCCGCCGCAUUGGUCCUCGACGACUCCCUCCACGGCCUCCAUCGCAAGCGCAGGGGGCCCACCGAUCUUUCGAAGGAGGUAGACAUCGAAGCCCUAAUCGCUAUAUCCGUCGGCUUCCCGGUGGAUUCCCUCACGGAGGAGGAAAUCGAGGCUAACGUCGUCUCCCGCAUCGGGGACAGCGAGCAGUCAAAUUAUAUCAUCGUGCGCAACCACAUCCUCUCCAGGUGGCGCUCCAACGUCUCCGUUUGGCUCACCAAGGACCACGUGCUGGAGUCCAUACGGGCCGAGCACAAAAACCUCGUAAAUUCCGCCUACAAUUUCCUCCUCCACCAUGGGUACAUCAAUUUUGGGGUUUCUCAGGCAAUCAAGGACGCCAAGAGCAUGUUGCUCGAUGAGGCCCCAAAGGGGAGCGUGAUCGUUAUUGGGGCUGGCCUAUCGGGCCUUGUCGCCGCUAGACAGUUGAUUUUCCUGGGCUUCAAGGUCAUCGUGCUCGAGGGGCGGGCCCGGCCUGGAGGCAGAGUCCGGUCUAAGAAAAUGAUCGGGAAGGACGAGAGUGUUGUGGGAGCAGCAGAUUUAGGGGGGAGCGUGCUGACGGGGAUCAAUGGGAACCCAUUGGGGGUUUUAGCCCGCCAGCUUGGGCUUCCCCUUCACAAGGUAAGAGACAUCUGCCCCCUGUACUUGCCCAAUGGCAGCACAGUUAAUUCUGAGGUUGAUUCAAAAGUGGAGGCUUCCUUCAAUAAACUGUUGGACAGGGUUUGUAAGCUGAGGCAGGGGAUCAUGGAGGAGAUUAAAAGCGUGGACAUUUCUUUAGGAACGGCUUUAGAAGCAUUUAGGCGUGUGUACGGAGUAGCCGAGGAGCCUUUAGAACGCAUGCUGUUGGAUUGGCAUUUGGCGAAUCUUGAGUACGCCAAUGCCACACUGAUGUCGAAUUUGUCCAUGGCCUUCUGGGAUCAAGAUGACCCGUAUGAGAUGGGCGGGGAUCAUUGUUUUAUACCUGGAGGCAAUGAGAGGCUCGUUCGGGCUUUAGCCGAAGACCUCCCAAUUUUUUACGAGCGUCCGGUGGACAGCGUAAGAUAUGGAAGUGAUGGUGUCAUGGUCUAUGCAGGUGGCCAAGAAUACCAAAGUGAUAUGGUCCUUUGCACGGUUCCACUUGGAGUCCUCAAGAAGGGAGCAAUUGAUUUCAUGCCCGAGCUUCCCCAGCGUAAAACAGAUGCAAUCGAGAGACUAGGAUUCGGGCUAUUGAAUAAAGUUGCAAUAUUGUUCCCGUACGAUUUCUGGGGUGGGGAAAUUGACACUUUUGGACACUUGAACGAGGACCCUAACAUGAGGGGAGAAUUCUUCCUUUUCUACAGUUAUUCGUCGGUGGCUGGUGGGCCCCUCCUCGUGGCCCUUGUGGCUGGAGAAGCCGCCGUUAAAUUCGAGAACAUGUCUCCGGUGGAGUCCGUGAACCGGGUUCUUGAUAUUCUCAAGGGUAUCUUCAGCCCAAAGGGGAUUGCUGUACCAGACCCGGUUCAGGCAGUUUGUACCCGUUGGGGUCAGGAUCCAUUUUCAUACGGAUCAUAUUCGUACGUCGCCAUUGGGGCAUCGGGCGACGAUUAUGACAUUCUUGCUGAGAACGUGGCCGAUCGGGUCUUUUUUGCCGGUGAGGCUACCAACAAGCAGUACCCGGCCACUAUGCACGGGGCCUUCCUGAGUGGGAUGAGAGAGGCUGCUCAUAUAAUGAGGGUGUCUAGGAGAUUAAAUGCGUCCACUGUGAAAGGGAAUAACUUGAAUGUUGAAAAGAAUGAUUUGGAUCCUCUGUUUGAAAAUCCAGACCUUGCGAUUGGUGGGUUUUCGAUUUUGUACGAUCCGCAGUCGGCGGAUGAGAUGGAAUCUAAUGCUCUGUUGCGGGUAGCGGUUAGGAGGGAGGAAUCGGAGUUUGAUAUCGUGUAUCUUUAUGGCCUGAUUAAGAAGAAGCAGGCAAUUGAGCUGAGUGAUUUGGACGAAGAUGUGAAGAGAAUGGAGAUGUUGACUGAUGGUUUUCGGGUGAGGUUGGUUGGAAGGGAUAGCUUGUGUAAUGGUGCUGAGUCACUUGUCAGUAGACUCAGAUUAGUUAAAUCGACGUCAAAGUAG